AUGGAGCUUCAGAAAGCUACAAACAGCUUUACGGAAGAAAAGUUUCUGGGCCAAGGAUCACUUGGUUCUGUUUACAAAGCCGAGUUUCCUGAUGGCCAAAUAUCGGUUGUUAAGAACAUGAAGAUGUCUGUACAGUCUUUCCAUGAAGAAGAAAAAUUCCUGGAUCUUGUUUGGACUCUGUCAAAAUUGAAGCACCCAAACAUCGUACCACUUCUUGGCUAUUGUGUGGAGCAUGGACAACACCUUCUUGUGUAUGAAUAUGUCAGAAAUUUAUCCCUUGAUGAAGCACUUCACAGCGGUAACACUGUUAGUCUGCCCUGGGGGCUUCGCCUCCAGAUUGCUCUUGGUGUUGCUGAAGCUUUAGCCUAUUUACAUACGUUGUCGUCUCCUGUUGCUCAUGGCAACUUGAAGAGUGCCAAUAUCUUACUCGAUGAAAACCUUGCUCCUCAUAUUUGUGACUGCGGGCUUGCUAUUUUGGGGCCACUUACGAGCGAUAGUCUUGAACUAAAGGCUUCAGAAGAUGCUAUUGGUGACACUGGCUACAUUGCACCUGAGCAUGGCCUACUAGGAUUUGAUAACACAAAGAGUGACAUCUAUGCCUUCGGAGUGCUGCUUUUGGAGCUCUUGACAGGAAGGAAAGCUUUUGAUAGUUCAAAACCAAGGGAAGAGCAAUCAAUGAUGAAAUUUUCUUCAUUGCGGCUUCAUGACUAUGAGAGUCUGGAAGAGAUGAUCGAUCCAAGAAUGAGAAUGUCUUGUUCCCUGAGGGCUCUCUCAAAUUUUGCUGAUAUUAUCUCCCUCUGUAUACAGCCAAGUAUAGACUUGCAGAUGUCUGAAGUCGUGAAGUCUCUCAGACUGGUUGAUGGCACUCCCAUACUCCAUGUGUAUAAGCGGAAAAAGAAAUCUUCAGUCGUUGUUUGAAACUUGAAGUGAUCGGUUUAAAAACUCUGAGAUUCUAAAUCCAUUGCGCCCGUUUGUAUUGUCAUCGGU